AUGUCUUCGAUCGGCUUCUUCUGCUUCGCGUUGGCUCUGAUUUCGUGUUGGGACCUCGCCGACACCUGCGGCAAUGUUCAACAGCAACCGGCAGUCACUGAGGUCGAAGUCGAUUUCGGGACCCUUAUCAAGUAUUCGCAAGACCCGAAGGUCCCACAGCGACUAUUCGAAACGAUCGACAAAAUCGUGAACGCGUUGAACAUCGAACUACCGUCGGCCGAGGCGAUCCGACGCGAUCAUUUCGAGAACGACGGCAAUUUGGCGCUGAGAUUCAUCAUCGAGGCCGCCGAUUGUCACGAGAUGGCCAAAUUUGGCGAGGCUGUCAAGGAUACCGUCAGCUUCAUCAGCUCGGCCAACAUUCAAUGUGACGGCGAGGAGACCCAAUUAUAA